CACCUUCGUCCUUUUGCAUCCAACUAUUGUCGACCACCUCGCACAGCGAAAUGCCAUUGACUGCCAUGGAGUUAGAACAGAAAGCCCAGGAUAGGGCGGGAGUAGAAACUCGAGCAAAGUCAAUUGGCAUUCCUUCAGCACUGCUAGCCGCCCUCGAAAAAUCAAAGCCCACCCGCUCUAUUCCCCAAGAGACCCUUUCCCUUCUAUCAGAAACUCCCCAAACUAUCUACAGGUCACUUUCGAAUCUCGUCAACCCACCUUCAUCUUCGUUGACUUGGAAGGCUCACGACCAUGGAGUGCCAACGGGGUUCUUCCGUCUACCAUUGGAGAUCCGUGAACAGAUAUAUGGUCUCGUCACAGGACACAAGACGGUUCUCAAGAUUCCAGAAAAUUACCACAAACCUCGACCAUCGCGAGAACGGUCUAACAACGGAUCAACGAGCCUAUUGCAGACUUGUCGCCAAAUAUAUGCUGAAGCAAUCACGAGUAUCUACACCCAAAAUACAUUCCAGUUCCAAAACCACAACGAUUUCCUCGCAUUUGCCCACGCCAUCAACCCUAUUUCCUUGAGUCAGAUCACAUCUUUGACCUUCGACCUGAAUUCCAUUCUACGUGUCGGCGGCGACCCAUAUGAUCACCAAGCCCCCCGCUUCACGAUCAUCUGGGUCGACGGCGUAGAAGCCCAAUGGCCACAUGUUUGGAGCAUCAUAGCAGCAAUGGACAACUUGAUGGAGCUAAAUGUCUUCCUGCAGGACCCCGGGUUCCCUGAGUGGGAUGGUAUGCAAUGUCUCUGUCUUUUCGAGAGGGAAAUAUUGUCGCCGCUUGGGAAAAUCAAGAAGCGGUUGAGGGUGUUUGAGAUGAACGUACCGUGGGUUGAUAUUUCUUCUUGGGAUCGUUUCGAAAAUCGCCAGCCCGUGACAGAAGGUGCUCUGUUCAACUUGACACGGAGAGGCAUCAACCCUGUUUGGUGAAUUUAGUUGUUGUCUGAGGAUAUAGCGGUAAUGAAUCGCUUGGUCAUUAGUACAGUUGGAAAAAGUCGAUCUCAUCGUUCUCGAACCUCUCGUGUAUAACAGCUCUUUCCUUUUGGUGACAUGAAUUUACUUGUCUGUAAGAUGACAUACCAGCAAAGACCAGCACGGUGGAGCAAAACAAACAGCCCGGAGAAAAUCAGAACACUAUUCGAAAGUAGCUUGAUUCAAAUAUAUAC